AUGGCGAGCAAGCAUGACGUAUAUCGAGCGCGCGCGGCCGCGGCAGCUGCCACCGCCGCGCCGGAGCAGUCUGAUCGCCGUCCGGCGGCGCAUGCGCCGUGGGCGGCCCCAUUAGACGCUCCACCUAUGACGACCCAGCAAUCCCAGGCGGACAAUGAGUAUAAGACGACCACGCAUGAACAGGAUGAUGAAAUGGAAUACACUACGGACCCACCUAGUGAAGAAUACACUGACGGUGCACCGCAGAGGGUGUUCAUUCUUAUGAACAAACUCGCCCACGGGGGCUCCUACCCUGGUGGUGAGGACGACGAGGCGGCUAUACUCGCCUUCUGUAACAUUAAGAAGGCUGCCGCUCUACCGCACACGAGGCAGCAAGUGUCGGGUGUGCCGCCGAGAGCCCCGCCGGACGCAUCGCACGAGUUUGCAGUCCCGGCGGUGGCGGCCUCGGCGGGAGUUGCGCCGCUGGCCUCGACCAUUCAAGAGGUCGAUGUGCCCCCGGUUGCCCCCCUGGCCCCAGAGACACGAGAAGAGCCCGUGGCUGCGCUAGCUGCGGCCACCGAGAUGGAGGACAUCGACCUGGCUGAGGCUAUUGCCGAGUCAGAGCGCCGUGACACCGACCUUGACGCUCCCCGCGCGCCCAGAAAGCGCCGGGCUGCGGCGCAUGAUGAUUCAGACACUCCCUCUCAGACAUCUGAAGCAGCGAGGCCGCGGAAGAAGGCAGCCAGGGCCUCCCGCACCUCCACCACACAGUCUGGGAUGACUAUCGCGGGCUCCUCCCGGACUUUGCUGCCGCCACCAUCAUCAGCCUCCACCACCCGAAGUUCGGAACAGGUGGCGGGCGAGACGCAGCACCCGACCGCGCCGUCCACGGCUUCGCCCGUGGGGGUGGCAACCCCCGCGCCCACGCAGAGCGCGCGAGUUGCCGCCACGCGCAGGCGUCGCCGGCGCGCAGGCCGGGCCACCCCUGCCGCUGCACAACGGACUGCCGACGAGACACUGCCGCUGCAGAGGACGGCACCUCGUGCUGCGCCGCAACCGCGACCGGCUGCCGAUGCUCCACGGCAGUCGCAACCGGCCGCCCCAGUGGCGGAGACCGCCCCAGCGGCCCCCACCGCCCCCUCGGCCACCGACGCAGCCGAGCUCCGAUCGCUCUUCCUGUCGUUGAGCCGGCUGCUCGAGCAACUCCCGGUGCUCGUCACCGCGGCCACGUCGGCCCUUCAGGCCGGCGUUGCAACUCCACCGCGCCAUGCAUAA